AGGAGCAUUGUUAAUGUGAUACUUGUGUGGUGCUGUUGAUUGCUUAUCAAUCUGAAGUAAGUUUCCUGAAUCCUUUGAUCCUGUGUGAGAUGUUGACUGAGGUGGCCAUUUUCGUUUAGAUCCCCAUCUGGUCUAUACUUCAUGAUUUGUUGUAUAGGUACUUUAGUCAAAUGUCUAUGGUUCUACAUUUCUAGCACUGAAAUGGGUUUUCUAUAGAACUCCAUUUUCUUUGUUAGCUGCGAAUAAUAUACAGUUUCCAUCUCUAUUUUGUGGUGGUUUUAGGAUGUGUUAUGCUGGUAAUGGUUGUUGGUGACAUUUGCUGCGUUCAAACUUUUCCAUAUUCAUUUCUCCCUGUGUUAACCUUACCUAAUUUGUGAAUAAUUAACUCCUUAGCCAAUGAUUAGAUAAGGAUUCAGUUUUGAGGUAACUAAUUCCUCACUUUCACCACAAAUAAGCCUCCUAGUGGAAAGCUGAAUAGGUGAUCAAGAAUGGGAACUAAGCGGUUGCCUGGAACUGCCAUUAAGGAUUUGAAGUCUGUAAGAGUUGAUCAGAACUGACCCACAGAAUGCAUCCAGCAGUGGCAGCGGAUGUCUGAUUCAUACAAAAGGAACAGGAAAUUACUCGAGCGAGUUACAAAAGGAUGUCUGCAGGGGACAUGGCUAGCCACUUCUUCGACCAUAUUCCGGAAUUCUGUCCUCAAGAUAUAGUUCUUGGUGUGGAAGAUGAAGUCUGUGAAUGACAAUGAGAAUAAUGGCAGCAGCAGCAAUAACUGGCUGGGGUUUUCCCUCUCCCCUCAGAUCAACAUCAACACGAACAUGAACAUGAGCAUCAACAUGAAGAUGGAGUCCAACAAUGAAGCACCUUCAAAUCCCAAUCAUGACCUUCCACCUGCUUCUGGAACCUUCUUCUACCUUUCUUCUUCUUCUUCUUCUUCUUCUCCACAGCUCUCCAGUUGCUGCUGCUGUGGCGAAAAUGGCGGGGGGUUCCAUUUCCAGUGCCCUGCUCCUGCCCCACUACCAGUACCAGUGAUGCCUCUCAAAUCAGACGGCUCCCUCUGCAUCAUGGACGCCCUCUCCCUCUCCACCUCGCACUCAGUCUCCAACAACAGCACCUCUCCCAAACUAGAGAAUUUCUUGGGCGGGGGAGCAACAAUGGCGGCACAUCAUUACAGGGAUGCUGCUGCGGACGCCAUGGCUCUGAGCUUGGAGACCUCCUUCUACAACCAUCAGUACUACUCAGGGGGGCAUGGGUUCUUCCAGACAGCAACAGAGGAGGGGCAGACACAGACACAGACACAAAUCCCAUGGAUUGAUGGAGGAGGAGGAGGGAUGGGAUUUGGGGAUGUGCAGUGCUUGAGGUUGUCGAUGAGCCCUGGCUCACAGUCCAGCUGCGUCACUGUCCCUUCCAACUCUAACAAUGCUGCUAAUGCUGCUGUUGUCAUGGAAACUAGGAAGAGAAUGUUGUCUGAUUCCGCCAAGCAAACGACUACUACUACUACUACUGUUCACAGGAAAUCCAUAGACACGUUUGGGCAGAGGACUUCUCAGUACAGAGGUGUUACAAGGCAUAGGUGGACAGGUAGGUAUGAAGCUCACUUGUGGGAUAACAGUUGCAAGAAGGAAGGCCAGACUAGAAAAGGCAGACAAGUUUAUCUUGGAGGGUACGACAUGGAAGAGAAAGCUGCUAGAGCAUAUGAUCUUGCUGCCCUCAAGUAUUGGGGCCCUUCCACCCACAUUAAUUUUGGGCUGGAAAACUACCACCAGGAGCUCGAGGAAAUGAAGCACAUGAGCCGCCAGGAGUACGUCGCGCACCUCAGGAGGAAAAGCAGUGGAUUUUCCAGAGGUGCUUCUAUUUACAGAGGCGUCACCAGGCACCAUCAGCAUGGCAGAUGGCAAGCCCGGAUUGGCCGCGUGGCCGGCAACAAGGACUUGUAUCUUGGAACUUUCAGCACGCAGGAAGAAGCCGCCGAGGCUUACGACGUCGCCGCCAUCAAGUUCAGAGGCGUCACGGCCGUUACUAACUUCGACAUUUCCCGUUACGACGUCAAGAAGAUCAUGGACGGCGGCACCGGAGAGAUGGCCCGCCGAAUCAAGGACGACGACAAGCCCGAUGUUGCGGAGCCCGGCCCGAUGUGUACUGCCCAAAUCGACACCUUUAAUAAUAAUAAUAUUAAUAAUAAUGGAGCUUGGAAUUCGAUUAACGUUGUCGGAUGCGGCGGCUAUCAGAAUCCGGCGCUGUCCGCCGCGCUGAAUGAUCUGAUCGGCGCCGACUCGAGCCACGCCGCCGUGGAUGAAUCCGCCGUGCACUUUUCCAACGCCUCCUCUUUGGUCACCAGCCUCAGCAGCUCCCGAGAACCCAGCCCCGAAAAGUACAACGUAGUAUUCCCAAAGGCGGCUAGCCCAUGGCCGGCGCCGGCGCCGGCGCACUUGCCGGUCAUUGCUGCCUGGAACAACUCAUAAACGGCGUUAUGAUUCCGUUACGGAACGGCGUAGAAUGGAAGAUCCCUUAUUAUAUAUGCAUUAAUAUGUAAGAAAACCCAAGAAGUGUUUAGGUUAGGAAACUUCAUUCCCAACCAACUCAGGAAAAUUUGGAAAACCAAAAAUUGUUUAAUUAAAUCUCCUAAAUCAAUCUGGGAUCAAGAUUUUGCAAAGUAAAUUGGAGGGCUUUAAUUUAUUUGUGUUAUAUGAUCUUGGAUCUUGUUUUUGUUCAUUAUUAUUGUCAAGUGGAAAUCAACAUGUUCU